CUUGUUCUUCUGACUGACUCAAUUGAUUUGCCAAGAUGCCUGUAGCACUAAGUGAGUGGAGGGUCCGAAUCGGAACAUUCGUUCAUUGGAUUAGGGAGUAUGAGGUUCAGGAGAGGAGAGAAAGAUUGCUUAAAGAAAGGAUUCGUAGACUGAAGGUUCUUUGUGAGAGACUUAAAGCGAAAAGGGAUGAUUCUGGAGAGGGGUUGCAAAAUGACAAAAGCAGACAAAAUGGUCCUAAUCCCAAGGGAUGUCCUCAUCAAAUUGCGAACAUCCAGUCGUCAGGAAACUCAUCAGACAUCAAGGAUUUACUAACUUCAUGUGAUCAGUGCAUACAAGAUUUAUUAACAGCAAGUGAUUCUCAUAUCAAGGAGAUACUCACCCCUUCUGAAACAUGUAUUAAACAUUUGCUGACACCAACUGAUUCAAACAUUAGACAUCUGCUCUCUCUAACAAAUUCUUGUAGGAAGGACCAACAUACAGCAUCUGACUCUCAUGUUGAAGAUCUUACCAUGUUUACAUCGAACUAUUCACACAUCAGGGAGUUGAUUAUACAUUCUGAUUCAUGCUUCCGAGAGCUACAUAUGUCAGCUGAUGCUGGUAAAGAUGAUAUGCUAUCUGAUUCUGACGUCAAAGAUUUACUAACACCAAGAGACUCUGCCAUCAUUGAGAUACUUCAGCCAAAAGAUUAUUGCACUUGUGAGUCACUUACUCUUAGAAAUUCUAGCAUCCAGGAGUUACUUACACCUACAGAUUCUUACAUCCGGGAGUUAUUAUCAGUAAAUUCUCACGUCCAGGAAAUGUUAACUCCAAGAGAUUCCUGCAAAAGUGAGUCACUUACAACAGGGGAUUCCUACACCAAUGUGUUAUUAACAAUACAAGAUUCCUACACCCAGGAGUUACUGAUUCCAAGAGAUUCCUACACUUGUGAGUCACUUUCACCUAGAGAUUCUUGCAUUCAGGAGUCAUCAGUGAAUUCUCACACCGAUUUGUCACUUUCAGCUGGAGAUGGCUACAUCCAGGAAAUGAUUACUCCAAGAGAUUCCUACACAAGUGAGUCACUUACAACAGGGGAUUCCGACAUCCAUGAGUUAUUUACACCAAGAGAUUCUUACAUCCAGGAGUUACUAACCCAAAGAGAUUCCUACACUUAUGAGUCACUCACACCAGGAGACUCCUACACUAACGAGUUAGUUCUACCAGGACAUUCCUACACCAAUAAGUCACUGAGGCCUAUGGACUCUUACAUCCAGAACUUAAUUGCACCCAGAGAUUCUUCCAUCCGGGCAUUGUUAACAACAGAUUCCUGCACCAGUGGGAUACUUACACCAAUAGAUUCCAACACCAAGAUAACACUUACACCAGAAGAUUCUUACGUCCAAGAGGUAUUGACAUCUAGAGAUUCCUACACCAUUGAACCGCUUACACAAAGAGACUCCUACAUCCAGGAGUUACUUAAACCAGGACAUUCCUUCACAAAUACAUCACUUACGCCAGGGGAAUCAUACAUCCAGGAGUUAUUAGCACCUAGAGAUUCCUACACCAAUGAGUCACUUACACCAGGACAUUCCUUCACCAAUACAUUUCUUACCCCAGGGGACUCCUACAUCCAGGAGUUAUUAGCACCAAGAGAUUCCUACACUAACAAGUUACUGACGCCAACAGAUUCCUACACUAAUGAGCCACAUACACCAGGAGACCUUUACAUCCAGGAGUUACUUAAACCAAGUGAUUCCUUCACCAAUACGUCACUUACGCCAGGGGAAUCCUACAUCCAGGAGAUAUUAGCACCAAGAGAGUCCUACACUAAAAAGUUACUGACGCCAACAGAUUUCUACGCUAAUGAGCCACUUACACCAGAAGACUCCUACAUCCAGGAGUUAAUUACACCACAAGAUUCCUAUACCAAUGAAUUACUCACACCAGGACAUUUCUGCAUCAAUACAUCACUUACGCCAGGGGACUCCUACAUCCAGGAGUUAUUAGCACCCAGAAAUUGCUACACUAACAACAUACUGAUGCCAACAGAUUCCUACGCUAAUGAGCCACUUCCACCAGAAGACUCCUACACCCAGGACUUCCUUACACCUACAUCUAGAUGUUCUGACAUCCGAGAGUUACUGACACCAAGAGAUUUAUCCACCAAUGAGUCACUUACACAAGGAGACUCCUACAUCCAGGAGUUACUUACGCCAAGAGAUUCCUACACCAAUGAGUCACUUACACCAGGCCAUUCCUUCACCAAUACAUCACUUACGCCAGGGGACUCCUACAUCCAGGAGUUAUUAGCACCAAGAGAUUCAUACACCACUGAGUCACUUACACCAGGAGACUCCUACACCCAGGACUUCCUUACACCUAGAGAUUUCUACACCAAUGAGUCGCUUACACCAGGACAUUCCUCCACCAAUACAUCACUUACGCCAGGGGACUCCUACAUCCAGGAGUUAUUAGCACCUAGAGAUUGCUACACUAACAACAUACUGAUGCCAACAGAUUCCUAUGCUAAUGAGCCACUUACAUCAGAAGACUCCUACACCCAGGACUUCCUUACACCUACAUGUAGAUGUUCUGACAUCCGAGAGUUACUGACACCAAGAGAUUUAUCCACCAAUGAGUCACUUACACAAGGAGAUUCCUACAUCCAGGAGUUACUUACGCCAAGAGAUUCCUACACCAAUGAGUCACUUACACCAGGCCAUUCCUUCACCAAUACAUCACUUACGCCAAGAGACUCCUACAUCCACAAGUUAUUAGCACCAAGAGAUUCCUACACCAAAGAGGCACUUACACCAGGAGAUUCCUACACCCAGGACCUCCUUACAUCUAGAUAUUCUGACAUCCGGGAGUUAUUGACAACAGGUGAUUCCUCCACGAAUGAGUCACUUACCCGAGGAGACUCCUACAUCCAGGACUUCCUUACACCUAGAGAAUCUUACAUCCGAGAGUUAUUGACACCAAGAGAUCUUAACACCAAUGAGUCACUUACACCAGGAGAUUCCUACAUCCAGGAGUUACUAACACCAAUAAAUUCCUAUACCAAUGAGCCACUUACAGGACAUUCCUACACCAAUAAGCCAUUUACUGGUGUUGAACUUGAAUCACCUAGGCAAGGGGACAACAAAACUUCACCUACAUCUAGCUUAGACAGUGAUGCCGUACAGCAUGGACCCUUUGGUGGAAAGGAGAUGGCAAAUACAUCAUCAAGAUCAUCAUGCCACAAAACAGAUAGCUCAAAAGGAACAGUUGAUGUGAUGUUAUCACAGCAGCCAUACCUGACUGAGUUACUGCUUGUUAAAGCGGGAGAUGUGGAGCUCAAUCCGGGUCCUCUUCACGGAUCGAUAGAUAGUGCACUGCAGGAGAGUGAACUCGUAUUGCUCGCUGAAGAAGUUCCAGUCAAUUGCUACAAUAAAUUGUGCAUUGGUCUUGGUAUCAGCUUCUCUCAGAGCCAGGAUGUACUGACCCAACAUCAUUUGAACUUCCCAGGAGCUUUGAUCCAAAUCUUCUACAGAUGGAAGGUCAGGCAGAGAGAUGGCACCAAUUGUAGAGCACUUCUUGGAGAAAUUCUUCAAAAUGCUGAUAUGGUUGUACUUCAGACGAAAUUAUUGAAAGGUGAAUAUCUUACAUCUGGAACCCCAACGUCAUCAAUAGAUAGUGCACUGCAGGAGAGUGAACUUGUAUUGCUCGCUGAAGAAGUUCCAGUCGACUGCUACAAUAAAUUGUGCAUUGGUCUUGGUAUCAGCUUAUCUCAGAGCCAGGAUGUACUGACCCAACAUCAUUUGAACUUCCCAGGAGCUUUGAUCCACUUUUUCUGCAGAUGGAAAGUCAGUCAGAGAGAUGGCACCAAUUGUGAAUAUCUCACAUCUGGAACCCCAACGUCAUCGAUAGAUAGUGCACUGCAGGAGAGUGAACUCGUAUUGCUCGCUGAAGAAGUUCCAAUCUACUGCUACAAUAAAUUGUGCAUUGGUCUUGGUGAAUAUCUUACAUCUGGAACCCCAACGUCAUCAAUAGAUAGUGCACUGCAGGAGAGUGAACUUGUAUUGCUCGCUGAAGAAGUUCCAGUCGACUGCUACUAUAAAUUGUGCUCUGGUCUUGGUUUUAGCUCAUCUCAGAGUCAAAAUGUACUGACCCAACAUCAUUUGAACCUUUCAGGAGCUUUGAUAGAAUUAUUCUGCAGAUGGAAAGGCAAGCAGAGAGAUGGCACCAAUUGUAGAGCACUUCUUGGAGAAAUUCUUCAAAACGCUGAUAUGGUUGUACUUCAGACAAAAUUAUUGAAAGGUGAAUAUCUCACAUCUGGAACCCCAACCUCAUUGAUAGAUAGUGUACUGCAGGACAGUGAACUCAUAUUGCUCGCUGAAGUAGUUCCAGGCGACUGCUACUAUAAAGUGUGCUCUGGUCUUGGUUUUAGCUCAUCUCAGAGUCAAAAUGUACUGACCCAACAUCAUUCGAACCUUCCAGGAGCUUUGAUUGAAUUAUUCUGCAGAUGGAAAGGCAAGCAGAGAGAUGGCACCAAUUGUAGAGCACUUCUUGGAGAAAUUCUUCAAAACGCUGAUAUGGGUGCACUUCAGACAAAAUUAUUGAAAGGUGAAUAUCUCACAUCUGGAACCCCAACCUCAUUGAUAGAUAGUGUACUGCAGGAGAGUGAACUCAAAUUGCUCGCUGAAGAAGUUCCAGUCGACUGCUACUAUAUAUUGUGCAUUGGUCUUGGUAUCAGCUUAUCUCAGAGCCGAAAUGUACUAACCCAACAUCGUUUUAACUUCCCACAUGCUUUGAUCGAAUUCUUCUAUGGAUGGAAGGUCAGGCAGAGAGAUGGCGCCAAUUGUAGAGCACUUCUUGGAGAAAUACUUAAAAACGCUGAUAUGGGUGCACUUCAGACAAAACUAAUGAAAGGUGAAUAUCUUACAUCUGGAACCCCAACCUCAUUGAUAUAUAGUGUACUGCAGGAGAGUGAACUCAAAUUGCUCGCUGAAGAAGUUCCAGUUGGAUGCUACAAUAAAUUGUGCAUUGGUCUUGGUUUCAGCUUAUCUCAGAGCCAAACUGUACUGACCCAACAUCAUUUCAACUUCCCAGGGGCUUUGAUCCAAAUGUUCUGCAGAUGGAAGGUCAGGCAGAGAGAUGGCACCAAUUGUAGAGCACUUCUUGGAGAAAUUCUUCAAAACGCUGAUAUGGGUGCACUUCAGACAAAAUUAUUAAAAGGUGAAUAUCUUACAUCUGGAACCUCAUCGUUUGAUCCAAUAUUGGAUACUUCCCAACCAUUCAUGACUGAAGCACAGGUUCUCCAGUGUGGGGAAGACUUGAAGAUAUUCUAUCGCGAACAGAUGUGCAAAAUCAAACCUGACCCGCUUGAAUCCAAUAUCAUCUUCGACUUCGAACAAAUUUACACGAACUUAACGCUUCUCAGGAAAGAAAUGGGAAUAAUGAGAACAGAAAGGCCAGAAAGGCCACUGGAUUACACUGAUCUUCUUACUACAAAGAUUAAUGGGGUACUUCCUAAACGUCUUCUGGUUGAAGGUGAAGGUGGCGUAGGUAAAACAACCUUCUGUUCGAAGAUUGCAUGGGAUUGGUUCAAUGGAUCUCCAGAGUUUCAGCGCUUUAGUUGGGUUCUGGUUAUACCCCUGUGCAACAUUGUCAAGGGUCAGACAAUUGGCGAUAUUAUGAAAAACUACCUCUCUGACAACAAUGCUGUAAACCCUAAACAGAUCGAUAGUUACAUACUGUCUCAACCUACAAAGGUUCUGAUUGUACUUGAUGGACUCGAUAAGUAUGAUGGAGACCUCUCUGCCGAAGAAAACUCAGAUAUUUCUCAGAUUCUACGAUUUGAUAAAUUCAAGCAAUGCAUAGUUCUGGUGACAACAAGACCAUGGGGGGCGGAUAAGAUCAAAUCCAAUGAAAGAUUGCUUAGGUCGUAUGCUUUCAUUGUAAUAAAAGGAUUUAGUACUGAAAAUGUCUCAACAUACAUUAGCAAGUACUUUGUGGACGAUGAAAAGGCGGGAUCAGAACUAAUUCGGUUUAUUGAAGUGAAUGAUGUAAUCAAGGAGAACAUGGCACCCUUCCCAAUUUACUUAACCAUGCUUUGCAUCUUAUGGAAAAAUUGUGACAGUGAGAAACAAGAAACCAUACGCAGACUGAAGACAUUUUCUCAAUUAUUUGAACAAAUGAUUAUGUUUCUAAGAGACCAUGACAUUUCCAAAGUGUUUGAUCUGGACAAGGAAAUGGAAAAUACCAAGCUUUGUUUGCAAAGAAUAGGAUCGAUUGCCUUCUCAGGAAUCCUGGAAAAGAAAUUGGUUUUUAGUGAGGAGGACUUCAGCUCGUGUAAGGAAGCCAUGGAGACAUGUUGCAGAAUGGGAGUUCUAAGUCGGGAAAAUCAAAAUGUAUCCAGAUGGCAAAGAACUUUGAAUCCUUCACCGCGUAUAAUCACUGGUGUCUUUUUUCCUCACAAAUUAUUUCAAGAAUAUGUUGCAUCUGUUUAUCUUGCCUCUCUAUAUGACACAAAUCGCGAAGAGUACAGCAGGUCGAUGGGCAAAGUACUGAGCAAGGACCCACAAGAAUUCCGUUACCUCUUGUAUUUCACUGCUGCCCUGGGAAAGGAGGUUGGACUUGAUAUUGUCGAGAAAAUACAACAAAAUGAUUUCGCAAAUGUACAACAAAGAAAAAGAAACAAUGAUUUUCUAGCAGAUGUCGCUUUUGAAGCAUAUAACAAAGACGUGGCGAAAGUAGUAGGACAACAGAUAUUUGCAGACGGGAGAAUACUGACUAUCGAUAAAGACAUGCCUGCUCACACAUUUUCUGGUUAUUUAUUCAUCAUGGAACAGCAUGGAAUGGAGACUUUGGUGUUCAGAGACAGAUCAUGUGGCCAAACUGUAUCGCGUGACCUAGCAAAUGUCCUAUUUGAAUCGAAAUCUUUAUCAAGAUUAGUUUUUUAUCAUACAACAUUGGAUGAUGACUUCUAUCAGUUAAUGCAUAAACGAGUUCCUACAAAGACGGUAGGUAAAUCCUCAAUCAAAGAGCUGGUUGUAGAUCAUCAAUUCCUAAGUGGUCUACAGAUGUAUAAUAAUGGUGACAUUAAUGUCACAGUUGAGGACCUAUUCCCGAGCUUGAAGCAAUUGACUUUCACCACUCUUCAUACUGUCUCACCUGGAGUUGUUAAACAGUUGGCACAUUCCAGCCUAGAAGUGUUGUUUAUUGAGCAUGGUGAGGAAGGGAGUAAAUUAGUUCCUCUCAUUGGAGAACCUGCUUCACUGGGGCAACUUUUCUCCACUUCAUUCCCACAACUCACCUGUCUGACCUUCCGAGAGCUAGUAAUGGGCAACAUACGCAGUGAAGCAAUACUACGUAAUCUAAAGAACCACCUACAUUUGAAAUCAAUAAGUAUCAUUAGCUGUUUUACGGAUGAUGAACUGGACCCCCUUGCUGAACAAAUAACUACUGAGAACAGGAUGAAACUAACACUUCAACAUGACAAGCGCAAAUGGAAGAGGAGACCAGGAAGGACAUCAGAUAUCAUGGUGUAA